GGGGUUGCUGGGAUGACCAGGGGGUCGCCAACCCCACCCGGCACGUCGCGAGCCCCAGGGGGGACAAGAAAACUUUACCCCCACGCGGGGCCGAGCGUGGCCUCCACCUACCCUCGGGGCCCGGUCCGCCCCCUCCUCCCGCCCGCUUCCUCCUCCCUCCCGUCCCUACCCCUCCUCCCCUCUCGCCGGCGGCUUAAGGCAGCAGGUCCGGGCGGGGCCGCGCCGCGGAGCCCACAACCUCGAGCUCCCGCCCCGCCGCCGCGCCCCGCGGGACAAGCUGCGGAGCCCGGCUUGGGGACGAGCGGCCGCGGCGCGGGGCAUGAAGUUGGGCGCGCGCGGGUCUUGGAGCGGAGGCGCGGCACAGCUGGGAGCCGCCCGCGUCUAGAGCCCGUUCGGUGCGCCAUGGAGCUCUGGGGGCCCCGGGCGCCGCAGCCGCCGCUGCUACUGCCGCUGCUGUUGCUCUUAGGGGUCGGCCUCUUGCCUGCUAGCAGCCACAUCGAGACCCGGGCCCAUGCGGAGGAGCGGCUCCUGAAGAGACUUUUCUCUGGCUACAACAAGUGGUCUCGGCCAGUAGCCAACAUCUCAGACGUGGUCCUUGUCCGCUUCGGCCUGUCCAUUGCUCAGCUCAUUGAUGUGGACGAGAAGAACCAGAUGAUGACGACAAAUGUGUGGGUGAAGCAGGAGUGGUAUGACUACAAGCUGCGCUGGGUCCCCAGUGACUACGAGAAUGUUACCUCCAUCCGCAUCCCCUCCGAGCUCAUCUGGAGGCCCGACAUCGUACUCUACAACAAUGCGGACGGGGACUUCGCAGUCACCCACCUGACCAAAGCCCACCUGUUCUAUGAUGGGCGGGUGCAGUGGACACCCCCAGCCAUCUAUAAGAGCUCCUGCAGCAUCGAUGUCACCUUCUUCCCCUUCGACCAGCAGAACUGUACCAUGAAGUUUGGGUCCUGGACCUAUGACAAGGCCAAGAUUGACUUGGUGAGCAUGCAUAGCCGCGUGGACCAGCUGGACUUCUGGGAAAGUGGGGAGUGGGUCAUUGUGGAUGCCGUGGGCACCUACAACACCAGGAAGUAUGAAUGCUGCGCCGAGAUCUACCCUGACAUCACCUACGCCUUCAUCAUCCGCCGGCUGCCGCUCUUCUACACCAUCAACCUCAUCAUCCCGUGCCUGCUCAUCUCCUGCCUCACCGUGCUGGUCUUCUACCUGCCCUCCGAAUGCGGCGAGAAGGUCACCCUGUGCAUCUCGGUGCUGCUCUCACUCACCGUCUUCCUCCUGCUCAUCACCGAGAUCAUCCCGUCCACCUCGCUGGUCAUCCCGCUCAUCGGCGAGUACCUGCUCUUCACCAUGAUCUUCGUCACCCUCUCCAUCGUCAUCACGGUCUUCGUGCUCAACGUUCACCACCGCUCGCCACGCACGCAUACCAUGCCUGCCUGGGUGCGCAGAGUCUUCCUGGACAUCGUGCCGCGCCUCCUCUUCAUGAAGCGCCCGUCUGUGGUCAAAGACAACUGCCGAAGACUUAUCGAGUCCAUGCAUAAGAUGGCCAAUGCCCCUCGUCUCUGGCCAGAACCGGAGGGUGAGCCUGGCGUCUUGAGUGACACUCGAAACCGAGGCCUGUCAUCGGCCCCAUCUUUCUGCAACCCUCUGACCACGCCAGUCGAGGCCCAGCCUACAUGCAAGUCACCCUCUCACAAGGCCCCUGAAUUGCAGACAUCAGAGGUGAAGAAGACCAGUCCCUGUCCAUCACCUGGCCCCUGUCACGCACCCAACAGUACCAGGGUCCCGACACUUGUCAAAGCCAGGUCCCUCAGUGUCCAGCACGUGCCCAGCUCCCAGGAAACGGCAGAAGGUGGCAUCCGCUGCCGGUCUCGGAGUAUCCAGUACUGUGUUUCUCGAGAUGGAGCUGUCUCCCUGGCUGACAGCCAGCCAACUGCCUCCCCUGCCUCCCUGAAGGCCCAUCCAUCCCAGCUUCCACUGUCCGACCAGGUCUCUCCAUGCAAAUGCACAUGCAAGGAACCAUCUCCCGUGUCUCCGGUCACUGUGCUCAAGGCCCGAGGCACCAAACCACGCCCCCAGCACCUCCCCCUGUCACCAGCCCUGAUGCGGGCAGUAGAGGGUGUCCAGUACAUUGCAGACCACCUCAAGGCAGAAGACACAGACUUCUCGGUGAAGGAGGACUGGAAGUACGUGGCCAUGGUCAUCGAUCGAAUCUUCCUCUGGAUGUUCAUCAUCGUCUGCCUACUGGGCACUGUGGGCCUCUUCCUGCCCCCCUGGCUGGCUGGUAUGAUCUAGAGGCACAGUAAUGGACAGGCCCACUUGGCCUGGCUCCCUGCUCUCUGUAGGGCCAUGCCACUUGUCAGUUACCCCAUCUUCCAAACCUGCCAUGAAAACCUAGGAAAGAGAUGCGGCUUCUCGGGAGCCAGAAGCUGGCACUGGUUCUAAUCCAGCCACGGGCCUGGUUACAGCAACUUAGGGCUGGCACAGGGCAGAGUUACAGUCUGAGCCCCCACUGAAAUUUCUCCAGAGCAGGUGAGAAUCACCUCCUGGCCUGCGGACAGCACACACUCAUCUGUGUCUCAGAGACUGGUCCAGGGUUGGUCUCGGUCAGCCUGUGGGGCCACACGAAUUCAUUCCUCAUCAGCAACCAGAGCCCCUCAUCUCGGGGAUUCAUCCGACCCAGGAAACUCCCACUGUGCCCCUGCUGACCACAUCCCCUCUCCCUGCCCCAUGAUGUGCCCCCAUCAACCCUUCAGACUGGGCUGCUCUCUGACUCACAGGUGUCAGAGCUGAGCCCAGGCAAGUUCGGUUUCGUUUAGAUUGGGGUAAAUUGGUAAAAAGCCAAGCUCUGUGCCGUGCGGAUACCCCAACUCACAGAAGAACUAGGGUAGCAAGGCUGAAGCCCCAUGGGAGCCCUGCAUUCAGCUCAGGGUCACAAGGGUUCUAUAGUGAGUGCCUCCUAGGGACUCGCAACCUCAGGAGGAUAGCAUUGGGAGUCUCAGGGUGGCGAGGGAGCCAGAUCACGUCCAGGUCCUGGGCUGCAGGUCCCCUGAGGGAUCUUCGUUGAUGCCCUUGCAUGUUUCUUCCUCUCUGGGAUAAAAGACUGAAGGUGGGACUUCUCAUCCUGGCCCUGUGGUGAGGCCACAGCUCGCUUGAGCACAUCUUGUACAAGAGACCUGGGACUCUCAAGGCAAGCAGGAAUAAUGGGAAGCCCCAGUCUGCCUUGCACUUAGGUUGUAGGGCUCCUCCUCCCCUUCCCAAGAUAGCACCAAACAACCUGGAAAAUCCCCAGUGAUGGGCUGGGAGAAGCACCUUCUGUGCCCACCCCUGUGAGAUUCCAUUGGGUGAAGGGCAGAGUGAGGGAGACACCCAAGAAAUUAUCCUGUGCCGUGGUCACCACCCUGCUGUCCCCAACAGCCAAGUGGCCUUGGCAGAGCUGGGCCAUGCACCCUCAGCCAGCUUGUCCUAGGCCCUGAAGCUGGAUUAUUUGGACAGUUCUGAGGACUGAAGAAAUGAAAGAACUUAAUGAAGUCUGGAACCAACACACCAAGCUCCCAGGAGGUACAGCUGGUACCUCCGAGGGAUAACUUGCCCAUCCCAGCUGAAUAUUAGGAUGGAGGUAUGCCAAAGGGCCAGCACUGUCUUUACCUGUACCUGUGGGCAAACCUGCAUUUGGACACAGCUGCUGGGCAUCCCAGGGUGCCCCUGGGAAAGGAACCCUGAACUGGAGACCUCAGGACAUCUGUGUGUACAGGAAGGGCCUGCAGAGGCCUGGGUUCUGAACUCUGGAUGUUCUAGGCCUCCCCUAGAGUCCUACGGGCAUCAAGGACCUCCAUCUGCUAUGUUUCAAUCUAUCCUCACUCUGCUGGCUGACUGGGCUGCUAAGCCCCACACUGGAGCCCUCAGGGUGUUGCAAGAUAACCCUGGUGGGGAAAUUUGUUCCAGAACCUGGGAGCCAAGGGGAACACAAACCUCUGUGAGGAAGACAGCAGACACACCUGUUAGAUAUGAGUUCCACCUGCUGCAUACACGGCUCCAACCUCAAGAUUUGCAGGCAGUGGUAGCGAUCAGGGCAAGGCCACAGUGGCACACUGUACAGAGAGGGCUGCUCUGCUGCUCUCUUCUGGGUCAGAAAAAGCGAAUCCCACUGGCACCCAGAAAUCAGGAAAGGAAAAUAAAGCACCGUGUUCUCCCCAUGCCCACUCAGCUGUCCUUUUGUCUGCCUGUUUCCGGUGUUGCUCUAUGGUCAAGAUGAAGUUCAGUUAGGGCAGAAUGCUUGAUCUGAGGCCUUUGGGCCAGUGAGCUUUGAAAAUCAGCAUGGUCCCAGUCCCUCUGAUAUGUGGAUGUUAUCUCCCCAAAGCUCCCAGCCCUCCCAUUCCUCCCCUUCCUAUGGACAGCAUUAACUCAAAUGUGAGUCCCGGGCGUCAUGUGUCCGGGAUGCCUGGCUUCUUUCACUUGUGUGGCCAAAGCUCAUCUGCUGUGCUGUGUGCACUAAACUUAUGGCUGCUGUGUGCUUGUUGGUUCUUAGUUGCUGUUUCUGUCUGAAUAAACCGACUUGUGGUGUCUUCCCUUCUGUGUGGUGUCAGUCAAGGUGCUGCUGACCAAGUUUCUGUGUUCAUGUCUGUAGGCAUGUUUGCCAUUUCUCUUUGUGUUAACGUGCUUCUUUGAUUUCUGUAUGCUAUGAUGUCUUAACAUGUUGGGGGCUUAUCAGACUCAAGGCUGCUGCUUCCAUGGCCAAACAAUUUCUAGUGCUCAGCUUGCUUGGAGCCUCCCACCUUCAUGGCUGAUGGGCCAUCGACAGUAGCACCUCUCUUCCUUACAAACUUACAUCAGAGCCAGCCACAAAGGCAAAGGAAACUAGAGACCCCUUUGUAGCCAGGAGUCUGUUUCCUCUAUGCAACCUGAGCCUCUCACAGAAACACUCGUGAGAAUGGUACCACUUCCUUCCCUCAUCCCUUCCUCCACUGAUGGCCCUGGUAUCCCCUAUUCCUAGCACAACAUCAUCUUGGUAGUUGCAGCUGACACCCUUCCUGUCAUGCCAUCAACUAGGGGAGUCCCUUGUCUCCCCCAGUAAACUAAGAUUGGGGCACAGAGCCAAUAGAAAACUCAUCCUAUAGGGUGGAAGUGACCCCACUGUUGCCUUAGCUCUUGGGCACUGGCGCAUUUCCACUAGAAACACCUGAGAGUCCAGGGUUUUAACUCUGGGCCUCCUGCCACCCACACAGAUUGAGAUUCAUUGGCACAAAGCCACUAACUGGUCCUGGAAUUGUCCUGACCUUUGAGGGGGAACAUGGGGAUCCCUGGUAUGUCUCCAUGGUGCGCACACAGGUUUUUACAAAAGCUACAGGAGAACACCCUUGGGCUCCUGCUGCUUGAUUCUAGUCUUUCCUGUUUCAAUCUGUAGAAAAAUGCCAGUUGCAGCUCCCCAGAUUGAUUCGCUGACCCACAGCUGGAAGCUCAGGACACAAUACCAAGGGGAAGGGUGGAAUUGUCAGGCACUGGGGUUUGUGCUGGGAUUUAGGUGAUUUAAAAAACACUUUCCACUCAAAUGUGCUGUUUACUCUCGCUGUUUGCAGCUAGGAGUUUCCAUUACUUUAAUCCCUGCCUGACAUUUCUUGCUAUUUGCUGGCCUCACGGGUGUCGCACAGAUAGAAAGUUACCACUCUCGGUAGAGUGUAUCCAUUUCUGUGUCUAGCUUGUGUGGGUUCCGUCCUGUGGGCUGCACUGCCUGGCUUCCUUUUCUCAGCCUACUGAGGUUUCAUCUGUUUACUGCCAACAGCCAGUUCUCUUGUGCUCACUGUGUGGCUACUACACCAUUUAUCCAUCCAUUUUCCUUGCAGUGGACGUUUGGGUUGUCCCUGUUUGUCACUGUGUGAGAAGUGCUGCUGUGGAGGGAUAUAGUCUGCAAACCUGUUCUUUAUCCUAACAUUAGGAGGGAGAUGCGUGAGGAUGAGGGGUUUAAGGUCUCCCUCAAUAAACCCUUCAAACAUUUCCUGCAUUCCUCUCAGGCAGGCAGCCAGCUCCAGUUUCAGUGAGUAAUCGUAUCUCAAAAGAUAAGAUGGGGAGCAAUAGAAAUCAGCCUCCUGCCCCCACAAGUCACAGGCACGUGCAUGUGCACACACACACGCACGCGCGCGCACACACACACAUACUAAUGAUAAUUAUAAUAAUUUAAAAAUAUAUUACAUGUUUCUGUUGGGAAAAUACAUGAAUUUAGAGAAGACUUGAACACCAUUAUUUCCAGCUGAGCCAGGCUAGCUUUUCUAGAACCUUCUCUAACAUAGCAGAAAGCAUGCUUACUCUGGCCAAGCUGGACCAUGAGCCCUUGCCACACUGAAAACGAGUGUGACAAAAUUCAGGACUGGGUUAGCAGUAUAUUCCCCGACGAGUGGGAAAUCAACUAGAACGCCAAGUCUUGUGUUUCAGUGUAGGUUUCAAUGGAAUUCGGAGAGCUCCUCUUCCCUUCAGUGAAGCAGCAAUUUCUGCCACACUGGGAGAUUAUUGUUUAAUAUGUUCUAUCCCCUCCACAGAGGAAAGCUUAAUCUAUCAGCCACUUUGGACACCCACUCUGUUGGUUCUUGUUCUAGAAGCUGCUCUUUGCUUAUAGUAAAUACCCGUGCUUCAAAAGCUUUCUGUAUUGAUCAGAAACAUCACUACGCCUCCCCCUCCUGACAGCCCACCACCCUGCUGCUUGGCAGCAGUUUGACAGAAUAAUCUGGAAUGAUCUUAGUUUAGACCACAGCUGUGUGACCGCCCAACACAGAGGGAGGUUGCUGUCCCUCCGUUCACAAUGCCCCCACUCCUUUGCGGAGGUCUCCAUGUGUCUGUUGGCCUCCCUCCCAACAAAAGCUUCUUCCCAUGAACUGUGUGUUAUACCUGGAAGCAUUGUGGUCCUUGAAAUAUCCUUUGUCCUAAUCCUUGAUACGAAUUUUCCCCCUCUGCCUUCCCACCUCACUGCUGCCUCAGAUUCUUAUUGUCUGCAGUUUGGGCUGUAGGUUCUCCCUGGGAAGGAUUUCCUGAUGGCUGUUCCCACUGUCUUUGCAUCAUGUUGGAUGACACGGAGGACAUCUCCCAACCCACUCAUCAGCGCUCACAGCCCUGCCAUCAGUCUGAGAUCGGACGCCUUUCUCUGAUGCUCAUAUUUUCAAAGCGUUGUCACCUCCAAGUACCAGUGCUCCAUCUGUCACGCCUCUUCCCUCCGGGUCUCCUCAUGAGGCUGCUGUCAUCCAGGUUCCCUGCAUCUCUGCUGAUCUGAGCUCCCAGACACUUCUCUGAUCCUGCAGUGCUCUCGGCUCACUAUGUCUCCUGCUGACUUUGCUUCUGUUUCUUUUCCAUACACAAUCCUUCUAGUUGGUCUUCCUUCAUUUAUUCCUGUUAUUUUGGACUUUGUGUUAUUAAUAUCCUUCCUCUCCUCCGUGGUACCUCAUGAGUUUUAAAAAUUAAU